AUGAAUUUGGAAAGCCUCGCGAUAAAGGCUAAUCAGCAGCAGUCGCGGAUGAGUUCCCCCUCCGCAGAGGUGACGGGGGUUGAUCUUUCUCCAAUACAGCCUGGCUGGAUUCCACCUAAUCUCUCAUUUAUCAUCGAUGAUGUGACGAGAGAAUGGAGCUUCCAAACCGAGUCAUUUGACUUUAUUCAUGUGCGAUGUUUCGCUGGAAGUAUAGAGGAUUGGUCCACGUUUUUGAAACGAUGCUACCGAUACCUCAAGCCCGGUGGACGAAUCGAGGUCGCCGAAUAUCGUGCAAAGCUAUAUUGUGAUGACGGCUCAUGUCCAGAGGACAGCUAUCUAUAUAAGUGGGAGCGCGAAUUCGAUCGAAUCACAGAGAUACAAGGACGAGAUUGGGAUAUUGCCCCUAAGCUUCCAAGCCUCCUGCGAGAGACUUCUUUCGAAACCGUUGACACGAUCGAACAUGUUUGUCCAUUCGGCACGUGGCCCAAAGACCCCAAGUUGAAGGAAGUAGGUCGCUAUUUCCGAGCUCAGAUGGUCGAGGGUGCUAUGGAAAGCUACUCGCUCGCUUUGUUUACCCGGUUUGGUGGUUGGAGACCCGUUGAGGUGCAGGUUUUAUUGGCGCAUCUACGAGCGGAGAUUCAAUCAAACAAGAUUCAUGCCUAUUCCAAACUUGCCUUUGUCACAGCGCAAAAGCCUAAGAAAUAG